AUGAGUGGUGAGAUUUUUGAUCUAGCAGAAGCACAACAAACCAAAUCUUCAAAAAAUGCUGGGAGAAGAAACGCACUUGGUAUUUCAACGAAAGAUGAGCAAGAUUUGAAAGGAAGAAACGCACUUGGUAUUUCAACGAAAGAUGAGCAAGAUUUGAAAGGAAGAAACGCACUUGGUAUUUCAACGAAAGAUGAGCAAGAUUUGAAAGGAAGAAACGCACUUGGUAUUUCAACGAAAGAUGAGCAAGAUUUGAAAGGAAGAAACGCACUUGGUAUUUCAAUGGAAGAUGAGCAAAGCAUAACCAAUAGUCGAAUUGUUGCUAAUUCACAAGAUGAUGACGAAAGAAAGAAAAUUGAAGAAAACUCCAUGACUGGAAUUAAAGGAGUUUGACUCCGAGGUGGACCGAUUAUCGGCGAUCUUCCGGUUUCACUUCUUUAAUAUCUGUUGGAUCGUCU